GUUUAUUGCUGGGUGGGCGGGGCUACGGUGAGAAGCGGGUGCUGACUGGCUGUUGGCGGUCAGUGGGCGGGGCUCCCGGCGGUGGGCGGAAGCGGAUUGGCUGGCGGGGCGGAAGUGGCGGCGCGCGGCGGGUCGGUCGCGAUGGCGGCAGAGGAGGCGGUGGCGGCGCUGGCAGGGGUGGCGGAUGUGGAGAUCGACGGUGACGGCGUCUUCAAGUACGUGCUGGUGCGCGUGCGCGCGGCCGGUGGGCCCGGGAAGGACGUCGUGCGCGGCCACGGCUGGGCCGAAUACCACGGUGAGGGGCGCGGGCACCGGCGGGCGGCCCCGGGGAUGGGGUCAGGGCCCAGGGCGGCCCCGGGCACCAGAGGGAGCCGCAGCCGCCCUACGGGUCCCUCCCCCCGCAGCCGACCUAUACGAGCGAACGGCGGAGGAGCUGGCGCGGCGGGGCCUGGGCUGCGAGUGCCUGGGGGGCGGCCGCCUCGCCCACCGCCCCGAGGAGCGGAGGAUCCACGUCUACGGCUACUCGGUGGGCUUUGGGCGAGCAGACCACUCCGUGACUACAGAGAAGUUGAAAGCUGAGUAUCCAGACUACGAGAUCACCUGGGCAGAUGAAGGCUACUGAUUCGCUCCGGCUGGGCAGCGGCAGCAGUGCCAGCCUGGAGCUGGCGCAGCCAGAUCUGGCAUCAGGGUGGUGGCAGCAGGCUCCCUGUCUGUGCUCAGCAGCGCUCUGGGCUCUCCUGAUUAUGUUUGUGUUGAACAUGCCCGUUGUUCACCACCACCGGACUUCCCACACGUUAUGGGUGCUCCCCACCUCCCCAGAACGGCACGGCAAAGCCUCGGUGAGGCUGAUGGGUGCUCUGCCCCGGCCUCCCUGGCGGCGAGGGGCUUUGUCCCACAUCUGUAUGUGAGAAUUAAACAUGUUGGCGAACGCAGCUGCUUGUGUGGUGGU